UGUCCUAAGAAAGCAGGCGUCAUUUAUUAUUUGGAUCCAAUUUCACGAUUUAUUUUUAUAGAGUAAAAGGAAAAGAAGUAUGAUGGUCAAGACUUCACAGAGGAAGCAUCGUGACUGGGUAAACCAAUCUAACCUAAAGCCUGAUUUAAGCAUAUCCAUCCCUUUGAGAAUGUCCAGUUACAUAUUCAAGAGUCCAGUUACUAGAAUCACAUCCCACCCUGGCAAUGAGGUCAGAUGCCAUCAAUGGGAGGAAACCUUGGACAAGCCCCAACAGGUAUACUGGCAGAAGAGAUUGCAAGGACUCCAGGCCUGCAGCAGCACGGGACAACUGUUAAGUCCUUUCGAUCUUGCCAAAACCUUGCCCAAGCUUGUGCCUGGUUGCACAAGUGAAUCCCUGUCGGGUGUCCUCGCAGGUGGUCCACACUGCAGCUCCACGCACACUCCUGCCAGGACCUCACAUAUGGCCGAGAUGAUUCCAGGAGCUGGUCUGGGUAACCCACAGCUCCUCUGCAAACAAUUUCUGGUGACUGAGAAAGAUAUCAGGAAGCAGGAAAGGAAAAUGAAGAAGGCAAGAGAAAGACUGGCGAUAGCAUUGAUUGCAGACAGACUCGCAAGCGAGGCAGAAAAAGUGAGGGACCAAGAAGGACAUCCUGAAAAACACUAUGACAAAAAAGAGAAGAUGGUGCAGAUGAAAUGGAACACAACACUUAAUUAAUGUCUCUUUGUGGUGUUCAUAAUAUAUUCUUGCUUUGAGCUCAUGAAACUUUAAAGUAUAUCAAUACUUUAUUAAACCACUUUGUGUGACAUGGAAUAUAUAGACAGUAAUCUUUUUUGAGGAGACAAAUUUGGUUUCAGGUGAGGAGAGAAAGGAGAUCUUUCCUUUUCAUGUUGUACUCUAAUUUUCCUUUACUAUGUAUGUUAUUUAUUAGUAUUUUAAAGUCAACAGAGAGUAAUCAAAGUCAUGGGAUGAUUUACUGUUUUGCCCUCACAAUCACACAGUAAAAUCUACUCUGAAUAGUCAGAAUGGAUUAUUCUUUUUGUGUAAUAUUCCAGCAGAUUCCAAAAUAAUAUUUUAUUAAAGAGCUUUUAUAUUUAUAUUCUCAAAUAAGAUAUAUACUUCUAGGUCUUUAUUUUUCUGUUCUUUGUUGCAUGUUAAUUCUG